AUGCCGCCUGCCGACUACAACUACGACGAGACCAUGUCGACGUUGAGGUAUGCCUACCGUGCCAAGAGCAUCAAGAACAAGCCCCGGAUCAACGAGGAUCCCAAGGAUGCCAUGAUCCGGGAGUACCAGGAGGAGAUCAACCGCCUCAAGGCCGAACUCGAAGCCGCUGGCGGUGGAGAGGGCGAAGGAGGAGGGUACAUAGAUGGCCACAUGGUGCCCCUCCCGCCGCGGGUGGAAAAGCAGGUGGAGUACGUGGACAAGAUUGUCGAGAAAAUCGUCGAGCGAGAGGUGGUCAUCGAGCAAGGCCCCAGCCCUGAGGAAGUGGCUCAGAUGGAGGCGCAGCUCCGGCAGCAGAACGAAGAGGCCAGACUCAAGGCUGAGGCCAAGCGUCGUGAGGUGGAAGCGCAGAGGGAUCUGGCGGAAUCAGAGCGGUUGCGCCUCCUGGCGCAGAUUGACGAGCAAGAGAACGCUGCAUUCCAGGAAGAGCAGCGCAAGGUGGAGCUCCAGGCGAAGCUGCAGCACAUGGAGCACAAGAUGGUCCAGGGAAAGCAGAUCAUGGAGCAAGCCAUCCAGCAAGAGCAGGAGCUGAAGAAGCAUGAGAAGCGCCUGCGGAAGCAGCAGGAAAGGGAGCAUGAGCUCCGGCAACAGGAGGAGCAGCAGAGACAGGAGAACCUCCUUUUGGAGGAACGCUGCGCCUCGCAAGAGGAGCAGGUGGCAAAGUUGACCACCAAGCUGCAGAAGCUGUGGGACAAGUACCAGAAAGCGCAGCAGGAGAUGGUGGACCUCCAGCAUUUCAACCAGCAGGAACGGGAGGACAACAUCCAAAGGGCAGCUCCAGCUUGA